AUGACUAUACCGGCUACAAGAAAAGAUCUCAUGAUAGUAAAUAUGGGUCCUCACCACCCAUCAAUGCAUGGUGUUCUUCGACUGAUCGUUACUCUCGAUGGUGAAGAUGUUAUUGAUUGUGAACCCAUAUUGGGAUAUUUACACAGAGGGAUGGAAAAAAUAGCAGAAAACCGAACAAUUAUACAAUAUCUUCCUUAUGUAACACGUUGGGAUUAUUUAGCUACUAUGUUCACAGAGGCAAUAACGGUAAAUGCACCAGAACAAUUGGAAAAUGUUCAAGUACCUCAGAGAGCCAGUUAUAUCAGAGUAAUUAUGCUGGAGCUGAGCCGUAUAGCUUCUCAUUUGUUAUGGCUUGGCCCUUUUAUGGCGGAUAUCGGUGCACAGACUCCUUUUUUCUAUAUUUUCAGAGAGAGAGAAUUGUUAUAUGAUUUAUUCGAAGCCGCCACAGGUAUGCGAAUGAUGCAUAAUUAUUUCCGCAUCGGAGGAGUAGCUGCUGAUCUACCUCAUGGCUGGAUAGAUAAAUGUUUGGAUUUCUGCGAUUAUUCUUUAACUGGAGUUGUUGAAUAUCAAAAACUUAUUACACGGAAUCCCAUUUUUUUGGAACGAGUUGAAAGAGUGGGCAUUAUUGGUGGAGAGGAAGCAAUAAAUUGGGGUUUAUCAGGACCAAUGUUACGAGCUUCUGGAAUCCAAUGGGAUCUUCGUAAGGUUGAUCAUUAUGAGUGUUACAAUGAAUUCGAUUGGGAAGUCCAAUGGCAAAAAGAAGGAGAUUCAUUAGCUCGUUAUUUAGUACGAAUAGGUGAAAUGGGGGAAUCUAUAAAAAUUAUUCAACAGGCUCUAGAAGGAAUUCCUGGAGGUCCCUAUGAGAAUUUAGAAGUCCGACGCUUUGAUAGAGCAAAAAAUUCCGAAUGGAAUGAUUUUGAAUAUAGAUUUAUUAGUAAAAAACCUUCACCCAAUUUUGAAUUGUCGAAACAAGAACUUUAUGUCAGAGUAGAAGCCCCAAAAGGAGAAUUAGGAAUUUAUUUGAUAGGGGAUAAUAGCAUUUUCCCCUGGAGAUGGAAAAUUCGUCCACCCGGUUUCAUCAAUUUGCAAAUUCUUCCUCAGCUAGUUAAAAGAAUGAAAUUGGCUGAUAUCAUGACAAUACUAGGUAGUAUAGAUAUCAUUAUGGGAGAAGUUGAUCGUUGA